AUGGUUUUAUCAAAGCCUCUUGUAAAUUUUUUAAGUUUCUAUUUUGGCCAACUGUUUGAACAUCCCCUGAGAACAAAAGCUAUAACAUGUUCAAUUAUCGCUACUGCUGGUAAUUACACAUCACAAAAGUUAUCAGGAGAGAAAGUAAUUAAUCAUCACAGUCUACUUGCCUAUGGAUUAUAUGGAUUAAUUUUUGGCGGAUCCAUCCCUCAUUACUUUUACAGCUUCUUAGAAAGAGCAAUAUCCGAAGAUGCAUCAUUUGCUGUUGUCAGGAAACUGCUACUUGAAAGACUGAUCUAUUUACCGCUAUACCAAGCUUUCACAUUAUACGUAUUGGCUAGAAUGGAAGGAAAAAGUCACAAUGCUGCUAUGAAACAAUUGCAAGAUUUGUAUUGGGUGCUCCUUAGCAGUAGUUGGAAAUAUUUGACUGUUAUUCACUUGCUCAAUCUCAGUGUUGUUCCUCCUGUGCUCCGAGUACUCGUCACUAACCUAAUGGGCUUCUUCUGGACCAUCUAUCUAGCAAAUAAGAGACGACAACAACAAGCAAAAAGCAAGAGAUCCAAGUAA